UGAACUAGUUAGCUGUGUAGGAUGGACAACUCCAGAGGAACUGUAUUCGGGUGCUGAUGAUCAUCUUGUUCUGAAGUGGAAUCUGAGUAACAAUGAAACAAAUACUCUUGUUAAGUUACCAGAUGAUGUAUUCCCUACUGAUAUGCACUGGUUUCCUAAAUCUGCUGCUGGGGGUGGAAAGAAGACAGGAUCAGACCUCUUUGUUUUAACUUCAACAGAUGGAAAAAUUCACCUUAUCAGUAAAACAGGGAGAGUUGAGAAAAGUAUAGAGGCACACAAAGGAGCAGUAUUAGCAGGAAGAUGGAGUUAUGAUGGAUCAGCACUUGUGACUGCUGGUGAAGAUGGUCAAGUAAAAAUUUGGUCAAGAAGUGGAAUGUUGCGGUCAACUUUGACACAAAACAGUUCUUCAGUGUAUGGUAUAGCAUGGGGACCAGACUCUGAUCAGGUUCUCUUCACUAAUGGAAGACAGUUGGUGAUCAAGUCAUUACAACCUAAUGCUAAACCAACAAUGUGGAAAGCCCAUGAUGGAGUAAUAUUGAAUGUGGACUGGAACCCAGUAAAUAAUUUGAUUCUGUCUGGAGGGGAAGAUUGUAGAUAUAAGGUAUGGGAUACCUAUGGUAGAGUGAUGUAUAACAGCUCUGCCCAUGAUUAUCCCAUCACUUCAGUUGCCUGGACCCCUGAUGGAGAAUUGUUUGCUGUAGGAUCUUUCAAUACAUUAAGGAUUUGUGACCAAGCAGGGUGGUCUUACUCUCUGGAGAAACCUAACACAGGGAGUCUGUUUAAACUGGCGUGGUCUGGAGAUGGUACCCAGGUAGCAGGAGCUUGUGGGAAUGGUCAAGUACUUAUUGGACAUUUAAUAGAAAGGCGACUUGAAUGGAAGAAUUAUGAAGCCACCGUUGUUAGUAGUAAACAAGUAGAUGUAAGGAACGUAGUGAAUGAUGUUAAAGAUAAGCUGGACUUCCGGGACAGAAUCAUCAAGUUAUCAUUUGCUUUUUCACAUCUCAUCGUUGCUACUUCAUCACAGUGCUAUAUAUUUAAUGUUAGAAAUUUCAACACACCAAUGAUAUUUGAUUUGAAGGAAGGCAAUGUGACACUUAUCCUGCAAGCAGAGAAACAUUUUGUCCUUGUUGACACAGCUGGUGUGUAUGUUUACUCCUAUGAUGGGAGAAUGGUAUCUUCACCAAGAUAUGCCGGUAUGAGAGCUGAUGUUCUCAAUUACCAGACAGUGGCACUCAGUAACGACACAAUUGCUAUAAGAGAUAAAACAGAUGAAAAAGUUGUGUAUGUAUUUGAUGCUCAGACCGGAAAGAAUUUGGGUGAUGGUAAACCCAUUACACACAAGUUAGAAGUAAUGGAAAUAGCACUUGACCAAUGUGGACCAGCUACAGAGAGACGUCUAGCAAUAGUAGAUAAAAAUAGGGAUCUCUAUGUGACAUCUGUCAGAGUGUUUGGUGGAGAAAGGAAAACACAUAAAUUAGGAAACAUGAUUCAAUCCUUGGCAUGGAAUGACUCAGCUAAUAUGUUGGCAGCAUUUGCAGAUAGUAAAUUUACAGUAUGGUAUUAUCCCAAUGUUGUAUUUGUUGACAGAGAUCUUAUAAAUAGAACGGUGUUUUCCAAAGAUGCAAGUGAAUUUGGUAAGAACCCUCAGAUCUUACAGUAUACAGGAAACCAUGUCGUGAUACGGAGAGCUGAAGGUUCUAUAGUCAGUACAGUCACGUCACCUUACCCAUCAAUACUACACAACUAUGUACAGUCAUCAAGGUUUGCCGAUGCUGUUAGACUGUGCAGGUUUGUUAAAGAUGACAUUUUAUGGGCGUGUCUUGCUGCAAUGUCUGCUUAUGCUAAAGAUCUGAACACAGCUGAAGUGUCAUAUGCUGCCAUCUUAGAGGCAGAGAAAGUGCAGUUUAUUGUGAAUAUCAAAGACAUACCCGUUAAAGAAGCUCGGAAUGCUGAGAUGGCCUUAUUAUGUGGAAGUCCACAGGACGCUGAGGCUAUAUUACUGACUGCUGGACUCACAUUCAGGGCAAUUAUGUUAAAUAUUCAACUUUAUAAUUGGGAUAGAGCAUUGGAAUUAGCAGUUAAACAUAAAACCCAUGUAGAUACAGUAUUAGGAUAUAGACAAAGAUAUUUAGAAAGAUUUUCCAAGAAAGAGAAUAUCAAAAGAUACCAACAGUACAAAGAUGGAAUUGAAAUAGACUGGGAGAAAAUAGAAUCCAAAAUAGAAUAUGAAUAUCAGAAAGAAAGAGAACGACCAACACCUUCUUCCCAGCCUGCUUCCACAGGGUCAACAGGAAGUUCUGCGUCACGGACAGGUGGACCAAGACCAAGGGUUACAGCACAGACUUAGUUAUUUAUUAUAUGUCCAUUCCUAAAAACUGUGAUACUAUUUAUUUUAUUGUGGAAGAAAAUGAUAGCAAAACUUUAAAAGUUAAAGUUACUGUAUUCUAUUUUAUAUAUAGUAAAAAAUGAGAGAAAAUUAAAAUAGUUUAAAGUUGAAUAUCAAAUAAUCAUGCUUUAUUGUUACAAAACAGAUAUACAAGUUCUAUGUCUAAGAAGGCAAUGGGAAUCAGUUGUAUCAAUGUUCCAAUAUACAUUUAUAUUGAUAUACACAUCUUGUUUUUAAGAAUAGACUUAACAGCGUUUAAAGGGUUUUCCAUAAUGGUUUUAAUUAAUGUGACAUUAAUAAUGCAAAUCUUGCAAUAGGGUAGAGGAAAAGUUUCCAGCAUGAUAAAAGUAAACCAUUAAAUGUGCUAUGCAAAAUAUUUCUAGUCAAAUCUGGAAUAAAUUUGUGUUAGGGAAACAGAAAGGAUGUAAUUUAUAAAGAAAAUAUUUUGUUAACAAUUUAUAGAUAAAAUUCCAGCUUAUAUUCAUUCCAGUGUUAUAUGACAUAUUCACAAUGCUGUUUUGGGAUUAACUAUGUUUUAUAAUGUCUACUGAUUCUACUGUGUUCAACAUUUUUGUAUUUAUUUUCCAAUUUUCAAGGGAAUAUAUAUCCUCUUUAUCAUAAACAUUAUGAUAACCAGUUUUGGAUGGAAAUGAAAUUGUACAUCAAAAAACUAUUUGCAUUGAAAUAUUCUGUUGUAACAUAAAAAUUCUUGUUUUUAGCCAAAGUUUGAUCAACCUGACAUAGUCUACAGUAGUAGAUUUUGUAUAAUCUCAUCAUCUCCAGCAGUUUAUAUCCAGAUAAGGUUCCGAUUUUUCUGCAUUUUUGUUCUCUUUAAAAAAUACCUUUGUUAAAGAUAGAUGUUUGUUAGGAAAACAACGUCUCAUUAAAGCCCCAAGAAAAAUUGACUGAACAUGAAGAGGUCCUUAUAAGUUAAAAGUUUGAAAUACAAUCCUUAUAUUAUAUAACAACUUGGUAAGCUUUAGCUGCAACCUGUAAUAUUUAUUGAAUUAUUUAUUCCGUCCAAAUAUUUUGUAUUCAUAUGUUAAUUAUGAUGUAUAAUGUUUGUUAGCAAAGAAUAUUUAUUUUGUGUACUGAAGCAGGUGGAAAUAAAAUCUCAUGAAAUAAAAGGUUAAAUCUUUUUUGUACCUUU